CCCUUCUCCUCUUCUCCUUGCCUCUUCCAAUGCUUCCAGUCCCCAUUCCUCGUCUUUCCGGGCUCUUCCCGCCGCCCGUUGUAGAUGUCCCUGAGGUAGAGUUACGCUGGUGUUGGCUAAGAAUUGUAGCAGCGCCCUGGUAGCUCUGGGCUCUCCUAAAAGUCGUCUUUGCGGGUGCUCCUCUGCAGCAGUGGGUCUCAUAACCCCAUCCAUCUCCAGAUCCUUGUAGAGCUUGUUUCAUUGGUGUCACCAUUUCCGACAUUCAAAGAAAAUAUGGUGUAUUGUCUCCCUUGAUAAGCCACACCCUUUACAGGUUGCAUCUUCUUGGGCCUGGAUCUGGUUUAGGUGUGCUCCAAUGGCUGCAUGUCCUGUCUUCAGUUGAAAAUAGCGGCUUGUCAGGUGCUUGGGGGCUACUGCAGCUGUAGGGUCAAGCUGCCAGUUCUUCUGCGGCCUGUAUAUUUGUUGACCUUGUUGGGAUCGCUGGCUGAGCGCCUUAGUGAGCCAUCUCUGCUUCCGUGUUGUAACAGCUUCUGUUCGGGCUCUACAGGCAAAGGCCAGAGAGAUCUCUUUUGGGCCUCUUCCCGGAGGCUUACCAGCCGCCUGCUUUGCUGCCUGGUCAGCUCUUUCAUUUCCUUCUACCCCUGCGUGUCCCGGAACUCAUUGGAUAGUGGGGUGAUGACCUUGGGCAUGCAAUCUCUUGGCUAUAGCAUGUGCUUGGAUCGCUAAUGCUUGACCUGGCCCUGGCUGGGUAUGUGUCACGGAGCAUGGACGCUCGCGAGCUGCACAGCAUAUUUGGUGUAGAACAUUCACUGAGCAUCGCUUAAACCCCUCACGCACACUAGAUAGCUCGUCGCCGGCAGGCCUGCCUCUUUCCUUUCUUUCCUCAUGUUAGAAUUUCGUCAGAUAGUCUACCAAUAUAUUCAUAUUGCUCGAGACCGUCACACCAAGGAUGCGUGGAAAGACCCGCCCCCGACGUAAAAUAGACACACACACACACACACUACUACUACUACUACUACUACU